UAACACAAGACACAAGAUACAGUCACUGAAACUGGUGAAGCUCAUGAAACACUUCAGGUCAUGGUCAGCAGCUGAGUUCACUGAAUGCAUUUCUAAUCUAGACACUUUUCAUUUUAAAGACUUUAGACAUGGGGACUUACUCAGACCAGAGGGAAGGGUAUAUGCCAAAUGGGCAUUCAGAAAACGCCAAGACAUCAGCCUUCAUCCCCGACAUGGAGCUCCGGGAGGAAUGGCAGGAUGAGGAGUUCCCCAGGCCUCUUCCUGAGGACACACAGAGUCCUGGCGAUGAAGAGGAAAGCCCUGGAGCUGAGGGAAACAGGCCUGUCCCACCAACUAGCCUGGCCCUUACAAGUGAUACCGUCAGGAAGAAGCGACUAGUAGCGCCGACUCUUAGUUUAACACUGGAUAAAACCUCUACUGACCGGAGCUUGAAAUCUGACGAGUUUGAUGCCUCUGCUCUUUCACCAUCUCCUGAUGAUGACCUAGAGAUGGACAUUAACCUGGAGGCCCUAGAGACCCCCUCAGACAGCGAGUCUUACAACUUCCCAGACAGCAUGCACGACUUAGAGUGGGAAGAUGAUCUUCCCAGGAUGUGCAAAGCAGCGAUCAGAAAAGCCAGUUUACUAGAGCAUGCAGAAAUGGGACACCUGGACUUGGAUCAGGUGGACAGCAAUGGGCGGCGAUGGAGGCGAUUCCAUAUUGGCGGCCAAGACUACCAAGUCAACAUGAGCGUUCUGGAGCCGUACCUUCAAGUUCUUUCCCACGGAGGAUAUUAUGGAGACGGAUCGACAGCCAUCAUCAUGUUUACUUCCUGCUACCUACCAGAAAAUACAACCGAACACUAUGAGUAUGUGAUGGACAAUCUCUUCAGGUACAUUAUUGGCACGUUGGACUUGAUGGUGUCUGAGAAUUACAUAUUGGUGUAUCUGUGUGGAAUGGCCCCUCGCAAUAAGAUGCCUGGGAUUAAGUGGCUUCGACAGUGUUACAUGUCCAUCGACAGAAGGUUAAAGAAAGACUUGAAAGGCCUUUUCGUGGUUCACCCGGCCUGGUACGUGAGAGCGUUAAUCACUGUCAUCAAACCCUUCAUCAGUGAGAAAUUCAGCAGGAAGAUGCGCUUCAUCCACAGCUUGCAAGAACUGGCCGAGUUUGUUCCUGUGGCCCAGCUGCAAAUCCCA